GGCAGCAGCAGUAGCAGCAGCACCACCACCACCACCAUCAUCAUCAUCAUCAUCAUCAUCAUGACGGCCAACGGCACCGCGGAGCCGGUGCAGAUCCAGUUCGGGCUCAUCAACUGCAGCAACAAGUACCUGACGGCGGAGGCCUUCGGCUUCAAGGUGAACGCCUCGGCCACCAGCAUGAAGAAGAAGCAGAUCUGGACGCUGGAGCAGGACGGGGAGGACUCCAGCGCCGUGCUGCUCAAGAGCCACCUGGGCCGCUACCUGGCGGCCGACAAGGACGGCCGGGUGAGCUGCGACAGCGAGGAGCCGGGCCCCGACUGCCGCUUCCUCGUGGUGGCGCACGGCGACGGGCGCUGGUCGCUGCAGUCGGAGCCGCAUCGCCGCUUCUUCGGCGGCACCGAGGACCGGCUCUCCUGCUUCGCCCCCGCCGUCUCGGCCGCCGAGAAGUGGAGCGUCCACCUGGCCAUGCACCCCCAGGCCAACCUCUACAGCCUGGCCCGCAAGCGCUACGCGCACCUGGGCCCCCGCCGCGACGAGCUGGCCGUGGACCGCGACGUGCCGUGGGGCGUGGACGCGCUCAUCACGCUGCUCUUCGUGGAGCAGCGCUACAGCCUGCAGAGCUGCGACCACCGCCUGCUGCGCCGCGACGGCCGCCUGGUCGCCGCCGCCGAGCCCGGCACCGCCUUCACCCUCGAGUUCCGCUGCGGCAAGGUGGCCUUCCGCGACGACGAGGGCCGCUACCUGGCCCCCUCGGGGCCCAGCGGCACCCUCAAGGCGGGCAAGAGCGCCAAGGUGGGCAAGGACGAGCUCUUCGCCCUGGAGCAGAGCUGCCCGCAGGUCGUGCUCCGCGCCGGCAACGACAGGAACGUCUCCACCAGGCAAGGGAUGGACCUCUCCGCCAACCAGGACGAGGAGGGCGACCAGGAGACCUACCAGCUGGAGAUCAACAAGGACACCAAGAAAUGUGCCUUCAGGACCUACACUGGGAAGUACUGGACCCUCACCUCCAACGGGGGCAUCCAGUCCACAGCCUCCACGAAGAACGCCAGCUGCUACUUCGACAUCGAGUGGUGCGACAAGCGCAUCACCCUCAAGGCCGCCAACGGCAAGUACGUGACGGCGAAGAAGAACGGGCAGCUGGCGGCCUCCAUGGAGACGGCCGGCGAGACCGAGCACUUCGUGAUGAAGCUCAUCAACAGGCCCAUCAUCGUCCUCCGCGGCGAGCACGGCUUCAUCGGCUGCCGCAAGGUGACCGGCACCCUGGACUCCAACCGCUCCUCCUACGACGUCUUUCAGCUGGAGUUCAACGACGGCGCCUACAACAUCAAAGAUGCCACCGGGAAGUACUGGAUGGUGGGGAACGAGUCGUCCGUCACCAGCAGCAGCGAUACGCCCGUGGACUUCUUUUUUGAGUUCUGCGACUACAACAAAGUGGCUAUCAAAAUCAAUGGCAAAUACCUGAAGGGCGACCACGCCGGCGUCCUCAAGGCAGCCGCUGACGCCAUCGACGCCUCCACCCUCUGGGAGUAUUAAUGCACUUUAGCGCACUUCCCAUUGCCAACUUUUCUUUCCCCCGCCUUUUUCGUUUCUCCUCUCUGUACAAGGAUUUUCAGACCGGCUUGCCCUCCCCUCCCGCCGUAGAAUCCAGUGCGUUGGGGUGGAGGCGGGUCUCCCUUAAGCUCCUUGAGAACUGGAAUUAACCUGGAGAACGUGGUGCAGCCUGCCUAGAGAUUUGUAGAGGGGCCGUUCGCCCUGGAAGCUCACUGCCGUACCCCAGCCCGGCCCUGAGCAUCGCCGACGUAGGUUUCGUUGUUGUUGUUGUUGUUUUUCCUCUCUCCUGUAUUGAAAAAGGGAAUAAGGUCACCCCUGGGCUCUCGUACACCAUAUCAGCGCUGGCGCCAUCUCGCUCAGUCCCGCCAGCGUCCCUGCGGCCGCCCUGCGCAGCUUAACGCUGGACAGUCUCCCCAAGGACCUGUCCCACACUAGCAUCCCUCGAACCAAGGGAGGCGAGAGACUGUGCUAGGCUAAAUCCGCUCUUCCUGGCCCCAGGAAGGCAGCUUCUCGCCUCGCUUGGCUUUUAGAGAUCUUUCCAUCCCCAGCUGAGGUCUAAGAGGUGACCUUACAUAUCGAAACAUCCCCGGGAUGGAGCUGGCGCAUGCCGGCAAGCAUCCUGUCUGCAGGGUUAGCAAGCGUAACUCCUGCAGCCGUACAGGUGACGUACCGAGAAGCUGUUCUAGGGUGAUACUGUCUGGAAAGCCUCAGACCUUCAUCUCGCUGGAGUCCCGCACUCCUUUUAAACGGAGUUGUCCCUCUGCCCCCGCCUGUGCUUCUGGUUGCUGGUGGUGCAUCUCAGACCCCUUGGGGGGUUUCAGCAGGAGCCCAAGGCAGCUUCCCCGCUCCUCAGGGCUCAUCGCACGGCCAUGCUUGGAAAGGGACCCAAACCGCGCUGGGUAGGGCAGGCUGGGUUCAGUCCAGCCCCCCUCGGGCACGGGGAGUCUUCCCCCCCCCCCCCCCCCGAGGUCUUUCGAGAGGGGCUGGUGAGCAAGGCCAGCCAAGAUGCUUGCCCUCCUCGCCGGCCUCCUCUCCUCCGACCAGCCUGGCCGCUCCAGCAGCACCAGGUCUCGGCGCCGGCCGCCCCGCGAGCCGGGGGGGGACCCGCGGGAGCCGGAGCCGCGGGGAGCGCGCGGGCGGCGGGCAGAUCUGACCUACCCUGGGCGGUGGCUGGAAGCAGAAACUGCAGAUUUGGGUUUACAGAGUAGAAAAGUUUGUAGCAAACUUUGCACAGUGAUAAUUGUUCAGUACUUUCUUUUUUCUCGUAACCUACUGGAACGGCGAACCUAGUCGCUGAAAACCUAACGCCGAAUUACGAAUUGCCUGUUGCUACAGUGGGGGGCAGCUGCCUGGUCCCACCAGCCCAAGGGGCUCCUCCGCUUUGAUAGCACAUCAUCUCGACAUUACUGGAAGCAGAAAAAUGACCAAAACAGUAUUUUUGUUAGUUAUCUAUUUAUAUGUGCUCUCCAUGGCACUGUGUUACCAGCUGUUGUCUGUAAUAGGUCUGCAUUAGCGUGAAAUGUGAACGUUUGUUCUGGGUGAUGCUGAAGCGUUCUCGAGGGUGGCGAAAGGCGCUUCAUCCUUCGGGGCCUUCCCGGCGCGCCGGGCGACUUGCUCCCGUUGGCCUCUCGGGCGCCUGAACCGCCCGCGCGGUGCUCGUGGCCGUGCCGAGCCGGCGGCCGGUCCCUGUCGCCGGAGGCGAGGAAGCCUUAAAGCCAUCCCGCCGGCACAGGGAUGCCCUCCGCGGGAGCUCGGUGCUACACUCCCCGCUCGGCGGGCGCCUGGACCUUCCCCGGCGAGGGGCAAGGCAAGAACUCGGAGACGGGUCCCGCGCCGUCCCCGCGGACCCCAGCCGCAGCGCUGGCACACUACCUCGGCUCUCGCUCCCGAAUCCCGGAUCCCGGCUUCGCUCGGGCGGGCGAAACACCACCGGCCGCGUUGCGGGGGGGCCCAGGGAGCCUCUCGAAGGUGCCAAGUGUCUUGGCGAAAGCCGGAGCGACCCCGCGACUCGGCGCCCGCUUGCUGCUGGCCUUUGCGCCCACCGCGUCUCCUCCGCUCCCUGGUCCCAGUCGCCGUUUGAACCAUGUAACUCCCUGCUCGGGCUUCUUCCAUGUGACACUAGGUCAAGAAUUUCUCCUGUCUCCUCUUUAUCGGGUGUCGUGACUCUCUGAAAACAUCUCACUCUGAAAUUAAGUUUUGGGUUUUUUUUUUUUUGGUAUUUUUUAUUUUUAUUUUGUAAGUGCCAUUUGUAUAACUUAAAAAUAGCAUCAAAUGGAGAAAGGUGAAUAAAAACCCGCAUUCGGACA